AUGCCGCUUCCGUGGAAGAAGACCAGAGCGACACGGAUUUCCCAAUUCGUCGCCGACCUCCAAUCGCCGAAACGCGGCGGUUCGCUUUUCGUUCAGACCGGGUUUCCCGCCUCUCUCAUCGACCUCUUCGUCAAGAACCGGGAUCACUUGAAGAAACCGUCGAAAAAGCAUAAGAAGAGCAAGAAGAAAGAGAAUCGGGUCGAUGACCGGGUCGACGAUGGGAUCGCUCCGAAUUGUGAACUGGGUUCGAGCGAUUUGCCGGUUUUGGUAAAACCCAGUUCGCCAGAUUUGUCAAAUGUCGAGAAUUUGAAGCCCACAGAAGCUGAUCGUGGCGUUGAGGCUACUGAGUUUGAAAAUCGUGCGGAGAAUUAUGUUGUCGGUGGUGGAGAAUGCGUCGGCGGGAUUUGGGGGGUGAUUCUGAUGACGGUGAUGAAGAUUAUUGUGGUGGUGGUUUUGGCUUUGAGCACCAAGAAGCUCGUGGUUGGGAUCACAUUGUCCGCUUUUCUGCUUCUGCUUCUGGAAUACGCGGGUAAGCACUUGGCUUUGUUUUUGAAACCAUGUUCGAAUGCGAAAUCUGUUAUGGCUCAGAGAUUGUCUGCAUUUUUAUUGGUUUCGAAUGGUUUCGAUUCGAGUGAUGAUAUGAAGGGAGUGACUGCGAGAGAAAAGACUCUGAUUUUAGAUUCUGCCAUUGAAGAGAUUGAGAUUGUUGAUGUUAACAAGAAGGGAAGAUUGAUUGAGUUGCUUGGUAUGGAAUGUGAGGAGACGAAGCCCGCGGAGAAGGGAAGUGUUUGCGCUGAUAAAACCGCCGGUGAAAAAAGUUUGGAUGAGUUGCUUGGGAUGGAAUGUGAGAAGAAGAGGAGGGUGGUGGAUAAGAGAAGGGUUUGUGCCAAUAAGACUGUCGGUGAUGUGUCGUUGGUUAAGUUAUUGGGGAAGGAUUAUCAGAAGAUAAAGCUCGUGGAGGGUGGCGAAGAAGAAGGUGAAUUUGUUGGGGAUAAGAAGAGUAAGGGUAUGAAAAAUUCUAAGAUUAAAGCUAAACUUAUCAAGAAAUUCGUGCCUAAGAAGUUGUGUCGAAAGGGAAAGCAAAACGAGCAGGUGCUGGAGCCUGUGCUGUACAGUGGCGAUUCUAGUUUCCUCGGAGAUGAUAAGUUAGAAGGAUGUGAAGAACAAGAAGACCGUGAAGAUGAGAAACAAGAGGAACAAGAAAGCGAAAACAGAUUGGUGUUCUCACUAGAUGCAGAGGAGAAGUCUGAAAUCCAAAGCUCCGACGGAGUUUCUGAUAACGGUGGAGGAUCAUUGGCUGGCGAAGUAACACCACUGGUUGUUGAAAAGAAGGGAAGAGAACGAAAAGAAGGGGGUUUUGGUUAUCUGGUUCUCUUUCUUAUAGUUCUUGCCGGACUUUUUGGAGGUCGGCUUGUAGCCCUCUUUCUUACAAUCACUUUCUGUUUUUUGUCGAAGUUGAUCGGAACUCUAAGGAGACUGGUAAAAGUCUGUCCAUGA